CAUGGUGAAAUACAAAAAAAAAAAAAUUAGCUGGUCGUGGUGACGGGCACCUAUAAUCCCAGCUACUCGGGAGGCUGAGGCAGGAGAAUCACUUGAACCCAGGAGGUGGAGGUUGCAGUGAGCUGCUAUCGUGCCAUUGCACUACAGCCUGGGCAACAAGAGUGAAACUCCGCUUUAAAAAAAAGAAAAAGAAAUGGAGGUUUCUGAUUUUCCUGAUAAGAAUUAAAGGUAAUUGCCUUAAAGGAGCUCAAUGAGCUAUGAGACAACACUGAUAGACAAGUAAAAUCUGGAAAAGAAUAUAUGAACAACAUGAGAAUAUCAACAAAGAAAAACCAUAAUAAAAGAAUCAAAUAUAGAUUCUGGGGCUGAAGAAUACAGUAACUGAACUGGAUCAAUACAGGGCUUCAAGAGCUGACUUGAUUAAGCAGAAGAAAGAACCAGUGAACUCAAAGACAGGUUAUUUGAAAUUAUUCAAUCAGAAGAGCAAAUAGAAAAAGAAUUUUUUAAAAGUGAAGAAACUGUCUGUCUUUGCUAAAAAUUGGAGGGUCCUAAGAACUCCUCCCCGCCCCCACCGCCAACGCAGAGUCUUACUCUGUCACCCAGGCUGGAGUGCAGUGGUUCGAUCUCCGCUCACUGCAACCUCCGCCUCCCAGGUUCAAGCGAUUUUCAUACCUCAGCCUCCCGAAUAGCUGAGAUUACAGGUGCCUGCCACCAUGCCCAGCUAAUUUUUGUAUUUUUAGUAGAGACAGGGUUUUGGGGUUUCACCAAGUUGGCCAGGCUGGUUUUGAACUUCUGACCUCAGGUGAUCCUCCCGCCUUGGCCUCCCAAAAUGCUGGGAUUACAGGUGUGAGCCACCAUGCCCGGCAAGAACUCCUUUUUAUGUUAGAUUCACUAGGGUUUAGCAGCUCACAGAACCCAGGAAAACAGUUUACUUAGCUGAUUUAUUACAAAGGACAUUUUAAAUAUUACAUAUGAACAGCCAGCUAAAGAGUUACAUACAGCAAGUUUUGGAAGUGUCUUAGGUUUAGGAGGUCUGUCUCCAAGCAGUUGGGAGGUACCAUUGUUUCAGCAUAUGGAUGUGUUCUUCACCCACCCAGAAGCUCUAGGAAUCCCGUCAUUCAGGGAUUUUUAUGUGGUGUUCAUCAAGUAGGCAUAAUUGUUAUUAACUCGAUCUCCAGCCUCUGUCCCUUUCCCAGAGGAUAGGGGGUGGGACUGUAUGUUCCAAGCUUCUAAUCAAGUCAUGGUCUUUCAGGUGAUCACCCCCCAUCCUAGAGCCUAGUAAUAAUUGUCUCAUUAGAACAGAAGACACUCUUAUCACCCAUGAAGUUCCAAGGCAUUACGAGCUCUGUACUGGGAACCAGGGUCAAAGACCAAAAAGAACAAAAGUUUCUCCUAGCAACUCUAUUGCUUAGGAAAUUACAAGGGUUUUGGGUGGCUCUGUGCCGGGAACUGGGGAUGAAAACCAAACUAUCUAUUUCUUACAACUAACAAUGUCACAUACAUGUUCAAGUUUUCAUGUUCUUAGUGUCCUUUCAUUUCAACUUGAGGAACUCCCUUUAGCAUUUCUUGUAAGGUAUGUCACUUGUAAAGUGUGUCUUUUAAGGAAUCCACCAUGAUAAAAUGAAAUUUGAAGCUGCUUGGUAGAUAAAUUCAUGCUGAAUUUAUCUACAGGUCAGACUUGAGGGACUGGUAUUUCUAGAAGCCUCACGUGGAAGAGACAGAAUCAUUCAGUACAAGUGUAUCCAGAGGACCAGCAGAAGGGAGAAGGAAUGGAGGGAGGCUCCUGAGGGCUGAGAUGCAUGUGGAGAAAGCCUGCAAGCACACAAACUGAGAAUAAUUAAAUCUGAGAAAUUCCAGGAUUUAUCUGUAGGUGGAGCCACAUCUCCAUGAUUCAGGGAUUCUUAGGAUUUGGAAUCAUAGAGGGAAUUAAACAUUUCAGAAUUCCAUGGGCUAGGUGGCAUAUGAAACUCCAUGAUUUUCACAUUUCUAGGUCUAAAAUAAAAAUAUUUAUAUCUUUAUUAGCAGCAAUAAUCAUUUCUUCUGACCCUGGGAGAGGAGAGCCACCAACCCAACCCACCCCCUACCCACUGCAUGUCCUUGUUGGUUGGACUGGGGCUAAUGGCUUUGGGGCAGAUGUUAGAAGCAAAACUGGAAUGUCAUGGUUUUUUUGUUUUUGUUUUUGUUUUUGCUCAGAUUUGUCUUCUUAGUGCUUGGAUGGUGUGAGUGAAAACCCAGAGGAAUACAUUUGGUGGCUGAGCUAGUACAAUGCCAUCACCGACUUCACUCAAGAAGAGUGGGCCCUGCUGGACACAUCCCAGAGAAAGCUGUUUCAAGAUGUGAUGCUGGAGAACAUCAGUCAUCUGGUCUCUAUUGGCAAACAGCUCUGCAAAUCAGUUGUGCUUUCCCAACUGGAGCAAGUAGAGAAACUUUCAACACAAAGAAUAAGCUUACUGCAAGGUAGAGAAUUUGGCAUUAAACAUCAAGAGAUACCAUUCAUUCAACAUAUCUAUCAGAAAGGCACAUCCACCAUCAGCACAAUGAGAUCUCAUACUCAAGAGGAUCCUUUUCUAUGCAAUGAUUUAGGAGAAGAUUUCACUCAACAUAUAGCAUUGACUCAAAAUGUGAUUACUUACAUGAGAAAGAAACACUUUGUAAGCAAAAAGUUUGGGAAAAUCUUCAGUGACUGGUUAUCAUUUAAUCAACACAAGGAAAUUCACACCAGACGUAAAUCAUAUGAAAGUCACCUAUUUGAUUAUGCCUUUAUCCAAAACUCUGCCCUUAGACCACACAGUGUGACUCACACUAGAGAGACAACAUUAGAAUGUCGUGUGUGUGGGAAAACCUUUAGCAAAAAUUCUAAUCUUAGGCGACAUGAGAUGAUUCACACUGGAGAGAAACCACACGGAUGUCAUCUAUGUGGGAAAGCCUUUACUCAUUGCUCUGAUCUUCGAAAACAUGAGAGAACUCACACUGGAGAGAAGCCAUAUGGAUGUCAUCUAUGUGGGAAAGCCUUCAGUAAAAGUUCUAACCUUAGACGACAUGAGAUGAUUCACACUAGAGAAAAAGCACAGAUAUGUCAUCUAUGUGGGAAAGCCUUCACUCAUUGCUCUGACCUUAGAAAACAUGAGAGAACUCACUUAGGAGAUAAACCAUAUGGAUGUCUCCUAUGUGGGAAGGCUUUCAGUAAAUGUUCUUACCUUAGACAACAUGAAAGAACUCACAAUGGAGAGAAACCAUAUGAAUGUCAUCUAUGUGGAAAAGCCUUCUCUCACUGUUCUCACCUUAGACAACAUGAGCGAAGUCACAAUGGAGAGAAACCACACGGAUGUCAUCUAUGUGGGAAAGCGUUCACUGAAUCUUCUGUGCUUAAACGACAUGAGAGAAUUCACACUGGAGAGAAACCAUAUGAGUGCCAUGUAUGUGGGAAAGCCUUCACUGAAUCUUCUGACCUCAGACGACAUGAGAGAACUCACACAGGAGAAAAACCAUAUGAAUGCCAUCUAUGCAGAAAAGCCUUCAAUCACUCUUCUGUCCUUAGACGACAUGAGAGAACUCACACUGGAGAGAAACCAUAUGAAUGCAAUAUAUGUGGUAAAGCCUUCAAUAGAAGUUAUAACUUUAGACUUCAUAAAAGAGUUCACACUGGAGAGAAACCAUAUGUAUGUCCUCUAUGUGGGAAAGCCUUUAGUAAAUUUUUUAACCUUGGACAACAUGAGAGAACUCACACUAAAAAAGCAAUGAAUAUGUAAGAGUCAUCAGCCAUAGCGUUAACACUAAAUACACCCAAGGACAAACAUACUACAGGAAUAUUAUGUCUGUAAUCAGUGUGGAAAAGCCUUAUUUAUAUUUACCACUUUGCUCAACCUAAAUGAAUUCAAGGUAGAGAGAAUCCAGAUGUAUUUAAUGUUUAUGGCACAAACUUCAGACUCUAGGCUGACCAUAUACAAUGUGAGAGAAUGAAACUAUAGAUCAAACGAAUGUGGAGGAGUCUUCAUCCACAGCUCUAACUGUUAAAUAAAUGGGAGAAAUCACAUCACGAAAA